AUGUCUGCAAUGACAGGUCCCAGAUCGCCAACGUCGCCGUGGCCCCAGGAUCCUCAGACCUUUCCACUCCCCAAUUCUUCUAGCCCCGCGACCUUUUUCCCGUUAUCCGAUCCUUGUUCAUCCUCUUUCAACAAAAGCAGCCCUCGGGGAGUGGCAGCAGAACUGCCAGAUUCCAACUAUUUCUCGUUCAAUGUGGAAAGCCAGAGCAACUUUAUCAAGAAUAGAGAGCAUCUAUCCCAUCAUUUCCCGAACGAAACCCCGGAAGGCAAAAUUGUUUCCGGGAAAGAUACGGUCGAGCGACAUGGCUUUCCUUUUGGAGGAGGAAGUGCUGGGGCUUCUAACCCUGCGGUCUAUAGACUUGCGUUGACUCGCCCGGUGGAGAAGGGCGAUUUUAAUUUGAGUGGUACAAAUACUACUUCAGCACCAACCACAGGGACAACCGUCAUCCCAGCUUCGAUUGAGAAGUGCGCAGAGCUCAUUGAUUCGUGUCCCAGCGACCUGAUGCUCCUGGAUGUACGACCGUACGCACAUUUUUCCAAGGGAAAUAUUAGGGGGGCUUUGAAUCUCUGUAUCCCGACAACCCUGCUCAAGCGCCCUUCAUUCGAUACUAAAAAAUUAGCAAACACGUUUACCAAUGAAGAUGAUCGGAAUAACUUCGGUCGCUGGAAACAAUGCCAUUACAUCAUCGUUUACGAUGCCUCCACAUCUAAUAUGAAAGACGCGGCACCUCUGGCGAACGUGAUAAAGAAGUUUGUGGCCGAGGGGUGGAAUGGCGGUGGUAUGGUUUUAAUGGGCGGUUUCAAGGCUUUUUCAUCUAAGUUCCCUACUCUCACCCAUCAACAACGACGGGGACUCGAUGCUCAGUCCGAGAAUACUUCGCCAAUUCAUAUCGGCCUUCCACAGUCUGCACCCGUUGCUGGUGGGUGCAACAUACCGGAGUCAUCUAACACAGCUAUUCCAUUUUUCGGGAACAUUCGCCAACAUAUGGAUCUCGUCGGGGGAGUUGGGCAAAUUGCCUUGAAGCACCCGGAAAACCUAUCCGAGUCACAAAGGCAAUCCCUCCCACCAUGGCUGCGUGAGGUAUCGGAGUCUUCGGAUCAAGGCCGAAUUGCUGCUUCGAGAUUCUUUGAAAUUGAGAAAACCGAACUAGAACGUAUGAAACAGGCUUUAUCAUACGAUCAGAGCAAGGAUUCUAGUUUGGAUAGACCUUCUCCGAGAUAUCGUGUUGCGGGAAUCGAGAAAGGCACGAAAAAUCGGUAUAAUGAUAUUUAUCCUUACGACCAUUCUAGAGUGAAACUCCAUGAUAUACCUCGCGGUGACUGUGACUAUGUGAAUGCGAGUUAUAUGAAAGCCGAAUAUAGUGAUCGGCAUUAUAUAGCAACUCAGGCUCCCGUGCCAGAUACUUUUGAUGAUUUCUGGCGUGUUAUCUGGGAGCAAGACAUUCGCCUUGUCGUGUCUCUAACCGCAGAGAUUGAAAGAGGGCAAGUCAAAUGUCAUCCCUUUUGGAAAUCUGGGUCAUAUGGACCAUUCCACGUGAACAAUUUCUCUAAAAAAUACAUUCCGAUGGAAGCGUCAAAACCACAUGAAGCUGGAACUGAGGUAGAAGAGCCACCGGUGAAUUCGACUGAUGACCCAACUAUUGUUGUCAGGCACUUUGGUCUAUCACAUUCCGGCUUCCCGUUUGAGCCCCUGCGUGAAAUCACACAACUUCAGUACCCGGAUUGGCCUGAUUUUGGUACCACAUCCCAGCCAAAACAUCUACUAAAUUUGAUCGAACAGUGUGAUAAUAUCCGGGCCGCUUCAGCUCGUGCUGCACCGGGCAACCCUAACAGGCCAGUUUUGGUGCACUGCAGUGCAGGAUGUGGCCGCACUGGUACGUUUUGUACGGUUGAUAGCGUUUUGGAUGUGUUGAAACGCCAACGCGCCGAGCCGAACGGGCAGCACGAGGGUCGGUCCUUCGACCAGUUACUUGGCGGUGGACAGUUGGACCUUGUUGCGAAGACAUUGUCCGAGUUUCGUACACAAAGACCAAGCGUGGUUCAAAACCUUAGUCAGUUUGUACUUUGUUAUGAAAGCGUCUUAGAGUGGACCGUGGCCCAAAUGCCGCGGACUCCGGGGUAG